AUGGGACCUGAAUCGGAUCAAGAUCUACCGAGCGAGCUCUUGGACAAACUUCGAAAUCUCGAGCUUGAGCUUGAAGAUGGCGACAUUACGCAAAAGGGGUUUGAGAAAAAGAAAGCAACCUUGUUACAGCAAUACGCGCCUAGUGACGACCACCGACGGUCAACAGGAAGUACAAGUACCCAUGACGACCAACAGCAGCGACAAGCAGAGGAUGCUCAAGCGUUAGAAGAUCUUGGACCUGAACCAAGUGCAGCAGAUGUGGUUGAUUUUUUGGAUUAUUUGCCUUCGCCCACACAUUCACCUCCCAAACAUGAUAAUCAAGGAGCCGCUUUUAUGGAACAAAAUCAUCGUCAACUCCAACAAGCACCGGCUCACCAAGCAACUACACCUGUGCCAUCAUCACAGCCCAUUCCUCCUCAACAGCAGCAACAAUAUUAUCAGUAUCAACAACAAACACAAUGGCAACAAGGUCAACAACAUCCUCAAAUGGCACCACAGCCCAUGUAUACUCAAGGUGGAGGUCAACAGCAGCAGCAGUAUUAUGCUCAUCAUCCAGCUGGUAUGGCAACUUCUCCUCGUCCAACUCGUGCUUAUGAUCCAAGAAUGCCACCUCCAUCAUCACGACCACCACCACCACCACCACAAGUAACUUAUCAAGGUGUUCCACCACAAACAACGGCAGCUAUGCGGCAUCCCGGCAUGUAUUCGGUGCCUCAACAAAGACCUCAUCCGUCAUCUUAUAGACCUGCACCACCACCACAAUCAUCAGGAACACCUCCUCCUUUUGCUCAACAACAAAGACCCAUGUAUACAUCACGGCCUAUGCAUCCACCUCCACAACAAUCGCCAAGGCCUGUUUAUAGAACAGGUCAACCACCACCCAUAAGACAACAACAAGCACCACCACCACAAUUGUAUAGACCUCCUCCUGUUUCGCAGCCACAAAUGAUGGUACAAGGUCGUACAUCGUCUCUUGAUGCUCGUGCAAGUCCGCGACCUGCGUACAAUAACUAUGCUCGUCCACCACCCCAUCAUCAUCAACAUGUUCCUCCACCUCGCAAUAUACCACCACCACCAGAAGGAUGGAGGGGCUAA